AUGAAAAAAGUAGUUGGAGCAGAUUUGAUUUCCGUUGAACACUGUAUAUGUAACGCUUGGACAAUUCGCGACAUUGUUGCACAUUAUAAGGUUGUAUUUCUAUUUCCUGAAAAGUAA